CCUUCUCUUGCAUUCGAAUUGUUCUCGCAAACGAGUUAAACCGCACUUUUCGAUACAGAAGAAAAAAAUGAAGUACCUCGCCGCCUACCUUUUGCUUACCCUCGGAGGUAAAGCCUCCCCCUCUGCCUCCGAUAUCACCUCUUUGCUUGGCACUGUCGGCAUUGAGGCUGAGUCUGAGCGUAUCGAGUCCUUGAUUUCCCAGCUCUCUGGCAAGGACAUCAACGAGCUUAUUGCUGAGGGUACCUCCAAGCUCGCUUCUGUCCCUGCUGGUGGUGCUGCUGGUGGUGCUGCCCCUGCUGCCGGCGGUGCUGGUGCUGCAAAGGAGGAGAAGGCCGAGGAGAAGAAGGAGGAGGCCAAGGAAGAGUCUGAUGAUGAUAUGGGCUUCGGUCUCUUCGAUUAAACUCGCUAAUGAUCUGUCUAAUCUUCAUUUUCUUUUCCAUUGCAUCUUGUUUUCUUGGUUUACAUAUCAUGAUAAUAAAAAGAAGCAAAAAGAAAGAAGUUCCGAGGCAUUCUAUUUGAC